CCGCGCGCCCGGCUGUGUUUACAUUCUGCAGCAGCUCCACGUUGUGCUGCCGUCCUCGCCUCCCAUUGGCCAGCUCGCCAGCCAAAGCGGCGCUCCUCCCGCAGGGGCGGGCCCUCCUGGUCCCGGCGUCUUUUCCGAAAGAACCGGGUUCCUUGAGGCCUUAGCGGGAUAGCCAUGGUGCGCCGCAGGAUGGCCACUUCCUGACUACUCUAUGCUCGCCCGUGCCGCCUCCACCUGGCCGUAGGCCGGGACUGAGCCGCGGCCUGACGCGGCCGGGGUCCGGGAGUUGAGGGCGGGAGGGAACUGGAAAGUACUGGCGGGAGAUGCGGAAGCAGAGCGGCGGGGAGCUAGACCUCGGAGGAGGAGCCUCUGAGAGACUCCCUCCCGUCUCCGGGCCGCGCAGGCAGGUGAAGUGGAGCGCAGAGAUUUCACACACCUGAAAGAAGAGAAUGUCAAGACGCAGUAGCCGUUUACAAGCUAAGCAACAGUCCCAGCCCAACCAGACGGAUUCCCCCCAAGAAGCCCAGAUAAUUCAGGCCAAGAAGAGAAAAACAGCUCAGGAUGUCAAAAAAAGAAAAGAGGAGGUCACCAAGAAACAUCAGUAUGAGAUUAGGAAUUGUUGGCCACCUGUAUUAUCUGGGGGGAUCAGUCCUUGUAUUAUCAUUGAAACACCCCACAAGGAAAUAGGAACAAGUGACUUCUCCAGAUUUACAAAUUACAGAUUUAAAAAUCUUUUUAUUAAUCCUUCACCUUUGCCUGAUUUAAGUUGGGGAUGUUCAAAGGAUGUUUGGCUAAACAUGCUAAAAAAAGAGACCAGAUAUGUUCAUGACAAACAUUUUGAAGUUCUGCAUUCUGACUUAGAACCACAGAUGAGGUCAAUACUUCUAGACUGGCUUUUAGAGGUAUGUGAAGUAUACACACUUCAUAGAGAAACAUUUUACCUUGCGCAAGACUUUUUUGAUAGAUUUAUGUUGACACAAAAGGAUAUAAAUAAAAAUAUGCUUCAACUCAUUGGAAUUACCUCAUUAUUCAUCGCUUCUAAACUUGAGGAAAUAUAUGCUCCUAAGCUCCAAGAGUUUGCUUAUGUCACUGAUGGUGCCUGCAGUGAAGAGGAUAUCUUAAGAAUGGAACUUAUUAUAUUAAAGGCUUUAAAAUGGGAACUCUGUCCUGUAACAGUCAUCUCCUGGCUAAAUCUCUUCCUCCAAGUGGAUGCUCUUAAAGAUGCUCCGAAAGUUCUUCUACCUCAGUAUUCUCAGGAAAAGUUCAUUCAAAUAGCUCAGCUUUUAGAUCUGUGUAUUCUAGCUAUCGACUCAUUAGAGUUCCAGUACAGAAUACUGGCUGCCGCUGCCUUGUGCCAUUUUACCUCUAUUGAAGUGGUUAAGAAAGCCUCAGGUUUGGAAUGGGACAACAUUUCUGAAUGUGUAGACUGGAUGGUGCCUUUUGUCAGUGUAGUAAAAAGUACCAGUCCCGUGAAGCUGAAGAUUUUUAAGAAGAUUUCUAUGGAAGAUAGACACAAUAUCCAGACCCAUACAAAUUAUCUGGCUAUGCUGGAUGAAGUAAAUUACGUAAACACCUUCAGAAAAGAAGGACAGUUGUCACCAGUGUGCAGUGGAGGCAUUAUGACACCACCGAAGAGCACUGAAAAACCACCAGGAAAACACUAAAGAAGUUAACUAAAGCAAACAAGUUGGAAU